GUUCGUCAAGCAAGCUACUUCCGAGGCAACUUAAUGCGACAACCCAGCACCAUUGACAGAGAAAAUGGACAGAAUAAACGUGCCCCCUUCGGGCCCUAUGGACCUUCCUCUGUCCCUGCUGGAGAUGGGAUGCUCUGGCAGGUUUGAACUCAUCGCACAUCCUUCCCCGGGCUUGCCAUUCCCUCCGCAGAGUACGCUCCCUAAUGGGCUUCCUCCAACCAGCCUGAGCCUGGAGGCUGAAGUAAAGAAACAGUUUUUACAGGAUCCUGCCUGGCUUCCUUUACACGACACAGACUUUGCCUUUCAAAAAUUUCUCAAAGUGACACAGAGAAAUGUGAAUGUCGACUCCCUGCUCAACUGCAAUGCAUCUCCACUCCAUUCUGGUCUCUCUGUCAUCAGAGAUCCAACCACAGGGAUGCUGCUGGAUUUUACAGAGGUUUCAUUGGAGAACACUGGCCUUUCGUCAAAGAACUCUCUGUCAUUACAACGCAAACCCGGACCUCCUUCCGAGAGCCUUAGAGGAAGCAACACAAACUACCCCUUCCUGCCUGGAGGUAUGGAAGAGCUUACUCUGGACCAAAUCAAAAAUAAGUCAGAGCUACAACAGGACAUAGAUUUUGAAAAUGAUUUGCUCGGAGUUCCUCCUGGUUUUAAAGCUGGAAUGGACUUCACUGACAAAGACGCCAAAGUAGCGAAACCAGAGGUCAACCUCAUGUCGCUGCUGUCCACUUUGGAUGAUGUCACCGACUUGGAGGGCGACACAGAAGCAAAAAACGAACGCCAAGGACAAGAAGAGGCCGCCAAACUCCAAAGGACAAACAGCCUUGAAGAGCUGGGCAUCAUAGAUACAGGGUCAUCCUCUCGCUUCAGCAAAGGAAAAGAUAGCAACUCAAAGCAGAGUAAAGAGACAGAAGAAACAAAGAAAUGGGCAAUUCCUAUUGACAUAAGUUCACCCUGUGAUGAUUUCUACAAACGCAUUCCUCAUCCAGCUUUUAAGUGGCCAUUUGAGCCAGAUCUGUUCCAGAAACAAGCCAUAUUACGACUAGAGGCCCAUGACUCUGUGUUUGUAGCAGCACACACGUCAGCUGGGAAAACGGUAGUGGCUGAAUACGCCAUCGCCCUCUCACAGAAGCACAUGACGAGGAUCAUCUACACUUCCCCAAUCAAGGCCUUGUCCAAUCAGAAGUUCAGAGACUUCAAGACCACUUUUGGGGACGUUGGUCUUCUCACAGGUGAUGUCCAGCUCAGUCCCGAGUCUUCAUGUCUUAUCAUGACCACUGAGAUCCUCAGGUCAAUGCUUUACAAUGGUUCAGAGGUAAUCAGAGACUUGGAGUGGGUCAUAUUUGAUGAGGUGCACUACAUUAAUGACGCAGAGAGAGGGGUGGUGUGGGAGGAGGUUCUCAUCAUGUUGCCUGAUCACGUAAGCAUCAUUCUCCUGAGUGCCACAGUGCCAAAUGCUCUGGAGUUCAGCGAGUGGAUCGGACGCAUUAAGAAGAAGCACAUUUAUGUGAUCAGCACCUUGAAGAGGCCUGUGCCUUUGGAGCAUUAUUUGUACACUGGAAACAGUACAAAGACCCAGAAAGAGAUGUUCUUGCUGUUGGAUGCUGCAGGAAACUUCCUUACCAAAGGCUACUACGCAGCUGCAGAUGCCAAGAAGGAGCGUACCAGCAAAUAUGCCCAAUCUUUUGGCACAAAAAAUACAUCACUGUACACCACACCUAGUCAAGACAGAGCGGUGUGGCUCACCCUCCUGCACUUCCUGACCCACCGGCAGCAGACUCCUGUGGUCGCGUUCACCUUCUCCCGCACGCGCUGUGACGAGAACGCCCGUUCGCUGGAGUCCAUGGACAUGACAACCUCCAUCGAGAAGGCCGAGAUCCACUCGUUCUUCCAAAAGAGCCUGAGUCGCCUCAGAGGGGGAGACAGACAGCUGCCUCAGGUUGUACUCAUGAGAGACCUGUUGAAGAGAGGCGUAGCAGUCCAUCACAGUGGAAUUCUGCCCAUACUGAAGGAGGUCAUUGAGAUGCUCUUCUCAAGAGGUCUCGUAAAAGUGCUGUUUGCGACCGAGACUUUUGCAAUGGGAGUAAACAUGCCUGCCAGGACUGUGGUGUUUGACAGCAUCCGUAAACAUGACGGAACCGGCUUUAGGAAUCUGCUGCCUGGUGAAUAUAUUCAGAUGGCAGGCAGAGCAGGUAGGAGAGGUCUUGACGCCACAGGCACCGUCAUCAUUCUUUGUAAAGCUGGCGUUCACGAGAUGUCUGAUCUGCAUGUCAUGAUGCUGGGUAAGCCCACCACUCUUCACUCACAGUUCAGACUGACUUACACCAUGAUCCUCAACCUGCUGCGGGUUGAGGCUCUCCAUGUGACGGACAUGAUGAGGAGAAGCUUCUCUGAAAGCCACAGAGACACUCAGGCAUAUGAAAAGAGGAUCACCCAGCUUAAGGAGACAUUGUCCACUCUACCUGUUCUGGCCAAUGAGGGCCAGCUCUCAGAUUUGCUGCCGUACUACCACACAGUGACAGAGCUACAGACCACUAGAGACAUCCUCCAGCAUGCUCUUCUGGAGUCGGUCAACGGACUGAAAGCGCUGUCUGUAGGCCGAGUUGUGGUGGUGAACAACAAACAGCAUCUCAACGCCCUGGGAGUUAUACUGCAGGUGUCCAGUGAUGCUGUGAAUCGCAACUUUACGGCACUCAUCAUAUGUGACAAAGGCAACGAGGAAGGAGAAGGAAACAGUGGUGACAGCCGAGCUUUUCCUCACCUCCACAACAUCGAACUCUUCAUCCCUGAAGGCCUAUGCAGCCACACAGUGCAGAAGUUAAAGCUACAGGACAUCACUGGCAUCACAGUAAAGACCCUCAAAGUAAUUCCUGACAGGAUUAUAGACAACUAUCAGAAGAGACAACAGCCCCGAUUCAGGACUGAACCACCCGGCCAAGCCAUCUCCACAGCCACCCAAGAGCUCCUGCGGUUGGCCGAAGCUAACCCAGGCGGCAUCGCCACCCUCGACCCGGUCAAUGACCUCCAGCUGAAGAGUGUCGAUGUGGUCGAGGCCUCUCUGCGUCUCCGCCUGCUGCAGGACAGCCUGAGAGGAUUCAACUGCAUCCACUCGCCAACUUUCCCAGAGCAGUUUUCAAAAGUUAAGGAGAGGAUGAGUGUACAGGAAGAGAUGGAAAAACUGCUUUUCCUGGUCUCAGAUCAGUCGUUGUCUCUGCUGCCUGAGUACCAUCAGAGGAUCAAGGUGCUGCAGUCGCUACAGUACGUAGACAGCAGCGGAGCCGUUCAGCUCAAAGGCCGCGUGGCCUGUCAGAUCAGCAGCCAUGAGCUGCUGCUCACCGAGCUGCUGUUUGAGAACGCGCUGAGCCCGCUGGCACCCGAGGAGAGCGCCGCUCUGCUUUCCUGUUUGGUCUUCACACAGAACACACAAGUGGAGCCGCACAUUACCAGCACUUUACGGGAGGGUAUUGCUCGUGUGGUGUCAGUAGCCCAGCGUAUAGGAGAGUUGCAAAGGGAUUGCGGGUUACCACAAACAGCAGAAGAAUUUGUGGGCCAGUUCAAAUUUGGCCUGACAGAGGUUGUAUACUGCUGGGCCAGAGGCAUGCCGUUCGCGGAGAUCGCCCAGCUAACGGACAUCCAGGAGGGGACGGUGGUGCGCUGCAUCCAGCGUCUGGACGAGGUGCUGAAGGAGGUGCGCCAGGCCGCCCGCAUUGUGGGAGACUCUGUGCUAGGGAGCAAGAUGGAGAAGGCCUCCCUCGCCAUCCGGAGGGACAUCGUCUUUACCGCCUCCCUCUACACCCACUGAGAGAUGGCAAAUCGACUUAAGACACUUCAAGUUUUCAACGUUUCAUUUCAAGCGGGGUACACGUACACUGCUUUUUAACUUUUUUUUUUUUGUUAUUAUUAUUUUAUGUGCAGUAUCCCACACAUGAGAAUGAAAAGUCCUGAAACUGCUCUCAUAAUGUUCAGUGUUACCCGAGACUACCAACACAGCACACCACACACACACAACGAUAUCUCAGCCAAGAAAUGCAAAUCCUCAUCUCCCCAAACCAGAUGUCAGUCAUCAUACUCGGAUUGACCUGUAAAAGAGGCAACAUGGUCAGGAAAUCCGGACUGCCAGCAAUUGCAAAGAGGAAGGAGUUGUGGUUGACGAAAAGGAGGAAGCUCGGCUCACUGUUCGCCUAUCUGGUUACUACAUUGCAGUAGCAAACUUCAAAUUCAGUGUUGACAACACACGGAAGGAUUUGUGACUGGUGGGUGAAGCUGGUCUGGCCUGGGGUUUGUCGGUAGAAUGAUGAAAGCCGCAUCAGCAACAUAAAUAUUAUGACAUCAUAGCAAUGUGACACAUUGCAACAUACCAGUGAAUUCCAUCUUCUCGGCAUAAUUUUAUUUUGUUGUUGUUUUAUGUUAUCUUAUUUUAGUUUUAAAUACUUUUUGUUUUCUUCCCUUACCAUUUCCUACUCUUUCGGUAUCGGUCCGCUGCAGUUGCCAACUAAAGUGGUAUGGUAGAAAUCAGUUAUUUUGGUACGCUACAAUUUUCAACAGUGGAAAUGGAACUAAAGCGAAAUUUGAUGCCUGCUGGCAAAACCAAAGCCACGUUUCCACCAAGCGGGUACGGUUCGGUUCAGGUCUGCGUAGCGUGCAAGUGACGUCACCAUUAUGUAAACUCACGAAUUAUCACCAACAUAUUUGACAAAAGAAGGUAAACAAGACAGUACAAUAUAACACAUUAACAUUAUCCAUCAGUAUGGGACAUAUUCUUCCAUUUCCCAAACAGAUUAUCCUGUUAAGGAUCCCGGGGAGCUGGAGCCUAUCCAAGAUGGCUUCAGGCAAAAGGCAGACUACCCCGCACUGAUCACCCGCCAGUCACAGGGCGCAUCGAGCCAUACAGCCAUUCGCACCAUCACCUAUUAGGAACUGAGCCCAUACUGAGUGUACUACUAGUGACCCUAAACGCGAUUCGCGUCUCAUUGUUUUCGACCAAAACAAUCGUCCGUCGACCACUCGACACGCAGCCGUCAAUGCGCCGUGACGUGCGACAUCCAGUCUUACCGCAAUGAAAGGGUGCUGAAAAGUGGCCCACACGGGUCUGAUAUUUUGCGACCCUUAAAAAUGCAAAUUAGAGAAAAUGCAUACAAUAGCAAACUGAACUGCACUGUACUACUUUGUGAAAACAAAGCUUUAAGAAGAGUUUACGUGUUGUUAACUAAAAAGCACCGAACGGCACUCUGUAGUAACAUUUGCGCUUCUCCAGCGAGGCGUAUUUAUGAUGCAAUUACUGUGUCCUUACAGUAAUAACACAUGACGAAAGUUAUUCAAAAGACACUUUUAUCUGGGAAGAGCGUGCGUUCGGCCACCAUUGCUAGCUACCGCGCGGCGUGAAAGAAUCAUUUUGACAAGCCAAAUAUUCCCGUUGUUACUGCAUUUGUCGCGUCAACAUUUCCUUCCGCCAUGUGUAACGCGAGGUCACCGAUGGCGGCGACAUCGAGCGUGUUAAGUGCGGGCGCGAACGCUUUCUCUCUGUAUGUGCCCGUGACCCCGGACUGGAUGGAGCAGUCGUAAUUCGUAGCGCUUGUCCUUGUGGUUGCUGUGGAUGAGCCGCAGCCCGUCCCAGCUGACCUUGGGCCAAAGGCGUCGUGUCCGCACCUUGGAUUGUUCGUCCCUCAAUCGCAGAACACGCGCGGACCAGCGAACAUCCCACACCCACGGACACUUGAGAGACUUUAACCUCAAAUUCAUCUGUUUUGGGAAUGUGGGAGUUCUACUUUCUCUCGCCUUUGUAAAUAGUCUUUGUAAAUGAUUGUACUGUACUGUAUAAAAAAAAAAAAAAA